AAGGAAUCUGCAAACCACAUAAAAAAGAGACUUUACAGAUUAAAAAAAAAAAAAAGGCGAUAGCAGCAGUAAAGACAUAAGCUUUGUGUCGGAAACACAUAAUGGAGAACAAGAAGCGAACUUGAUUUUAAAAGGGUUACAGUCUCCAAGUUAUCUCACUCUAGGCGUGCAAUUCUGAAAGAAAAAGCAGGAGAAGAGAGGAAGCUAGACAAUCCCAAAAUGGAGGCCUCCAGUACCCCAUAUGGUGUUGGUUGGUAUUGGUAUUCAGAGACCACGUUCUUUGGUUUCGAAAGAUACAGAUUACCACCAGAAUUGGGACCAUACCUGUGAUGGAGAAGUAGGUAAAGAAUCAAAUAAAAUAAUGGAGUAAAGGCAAAGAGCAAGCAAAGGCCCAACCAAUAAGCGUAACAAAAAAAUAAAAAGAGAGAGAGAAAGAAACCGUCGGAAUCGAACUUUGCUCCACGGCCUUGCAAUUUCCUUUUUUUUUUGACUUUUUCCUCAUUAUUCUUUGCUUUGACUUAUCAGUCUUCUUUUUAUGUGAUCGAUCACCUCCUCUUGAUCUCAAUCUCAAUCUCAAUCCACAGCUUCUCCAUCUUCUUCAUCCACCAACUCGCAGCAGCAAACAAUGUCUAGUUUCACAUAUGCUUCUGCUUUCAACUUAUCCGAAAAGUCUCCUCCUUUCAGUCCCGCCAUUGCUUCUUCUUCUUCUUCCUCUGCCUUCGAUGAUGAUACCGACGACGCUUGCAGCAUCUGUCUCGAGCCUUUCACUCUCCAGGAUCCUGCCACUGUUACAAGUUGCAAGCAUGAAUAUCACCUUCAGUGCAUCAUUGAAUGGUCUCAGAGAAGCAAGGAGUGUCCUAUUUGCUGGCAAUUCUUUGUCCUCAAAGAUCCUGUCAGCCAAGAGCUUUUGGCUGCUGUGGACAAGGAAAGGCUGAUGAAAACCACCAACAUGAGAUCUCCAUCCUCUCCAAGAAGUUCCAUUCCUCAUGAGGAUUUUCACUCAGAGGAGGAGGAGAGCAGCUUUGAUGAACAAUUCCUUAGGCAUCUCACUGAAGCUGCCCAUAGACGUUGUUUGCUUCGUACUAGGGACACUCCAAUACCCUCCAAUGAUCCCUCUCCUUCUGAUAUGCCCAAUCUUGGUCACAACAUCUCUGCUGUUAUUUCCCAUGUUCAACAUCAGAAUGCAAACCCCCCGUCUCCUGCUGAUACCAGCAAUGGAUCCAGAAUCUCCCGUGGACCUUCUCUAUCUGAAGCAUCGUCUCUUCCAGAAGCCAUUAAAUCCAAACUAGCUGCUGCUUCCGCAAGGUACAAAGAAUCUAUCUCUAAGAGUAAACAAGGUCUCAAAGAGAAGCUACUUGCUCGCAACAACUCAGUGAAAGAACUGAGCAAAGGAGUACAACGUGAGAUGAACGCUGGAAUAGCUGGGGUUACACGUAUGAUGGAACGCUUUGAUAUUGCUUCAAAACGCUUUGGAGGGUCUACUACUUCCGGAUUCAACUUCUCAUUCAAAGGGAAGCGUGAAGAAGCAGAAGCCACUUCCAACAAGGGAACAAAAACCGAAUCCCAUAAGCUGGCAGGUUUCACACUUUGCAUCUCCCCUGUUUCUUGUCUUUCAAGUUUGUUUUUUGCUAUUGAUGGAUUUUGCUAA